AAAGGGAUACAAAAAAAACAAAAUAACUGGAAUAAAAAAUGGGAAACUCCGGAUACACAUGCAUACGACGGACAUUCUGUUGGAUGAACAUCAUAUUGUGGAUAUGCAGUUGUGCCUUCCUCGGUGCCGGUCUAUGGCUAAGAUUAUCAUAUCAAGGCUAUGCCACAUUAUUACCAGAUCAUGAAGCUUUAAGUGCGGAAUCAUUAUUUAUUGCUGUGGGAGUGUGUGGUUUUGUUGUAUCGUUUUUUGGAUGCUGUGGAUCAUGGUUCCAAUCACGUUGUCUACUUAUUACAUAUUUCGUUUUGAUUGUGUUUUUAUUCCUAAGCGAGUUCCUAAUCGGUUCAAUUGCAUUCCUAUUUCGUGGUGGAUUAAGUAGAACAUUAGCUAAUGAAUUGAGAUUUGGCAUUGAGAAGCAUUAUAAUGCAACGGAUAGAGGAGGUUUGGCAGCACCAUCAGUGGCAGCGAUAUGGGAUACUAUGCAGCAAUCGUUUGAAUGUUGCGGUGUGACAUCAUACGAAGACUGGUAUGAUGUGCAAGCAUGGAGCGGCAAACGAUGGGUUCCAGAAUCCUGUUGUCGUCCAAAUUAUGAGCAAAUAGUUGAAGGAUCCGGCGAUGGUGGCCCAAGGGUUGAUUGUGGGAAAUCUGAAAAUCCAUUGCUGUGGUUUGACAAAGCCUGCGCCCAUUCACUACACGCAUGGAUAAUUGAAAGACUGCAUGUUGUUGGUACAGUUGCCUUGGUAAUAGCAUUUUUACAACUUUUCGGUUUAAUAACAUCAAUGUUGCUCUUCUGUACGGUAAAACAUAAACGAGAAUCACAAACAUACAAAUCAUAUUCCCCAUCAAUUGAUCCUGCGACAAGAACGAGUAGCUGGGAAGACUGAAGUGUAUUUUAAAUUUAAUUAAAAAAAAAAACGAAAAUAAAGGAAAAUUCACAUCGGUUUUCCCCAACCCCUCUUAUAUCUAAAGUGCUAAGCACUCUUUUUAUUAGCGGAGCUAUACUAUACAAAAACAAAAAAAAAUUAAAAAAAAAAAACACAAACUACGAAUUAAUUUAAAUAUUAAAUAUUUUUAUUAUU